AUGAAGAACGGGAAGAACCUUGGAAUCUUGCUCGACCAGAACAGAGCCAUCAAGGGGCUCGUUCCAGGAGGAAGCGCACAUGCCUGCGGCAAACUCCUGGUCGGGGAUGAGCUGAUCAGGGUGGAUGGGAGGGGAGUAGGCGGCAUGACAGUCAGCGAAGUCACGGAGCUCAUUACCAAGGGGAUAGAGCAAGAGCCCGUCAUGAAGUCCUUCAAGCCUGUUGGCGCCAUGUCUCCUUCUGUCGCCCAGCAGAGGUCCGGCAAGCCAUGCGGCAUCGGACUGACCAUCCUUGACGACCCUCCUCAUCUCGUCACUUACAUCCACCCCAACGGCCCAGCUGCGCGAUCUCAUGCGAUACGUGAAGGCGACUGCCUCGUCGCCAUCGACCAGGCGUUGGUCGCAGACCUUCCGGUAAGUGAGAUAGUGAAGUUCGUUGUCGGGGAGGAGGGCUCGUCGGUAGAGCUGUGGCUAGAGCGAGUCUCGUCCGGGUGCGUAUCAUACAAGCAUCACGAGAAGGCCGAGGAGAUCCGUCAAGAGCUGAAGAAACUUGAGAGCCUGCGGAAGGAUGGGGUUCUGGACAGCAAGGCUUACAACUCCGGCGUUGAACGGGGCUGCUACUCAGUGAGGAUAGUGAGAGGGAUGGAGUAUAGCGGCAGCAUGGAGCUCCCGCCGGACCAGCAGUCGUCAGCGAUCAGUGAAGUCGUCCUCGAGUUCUACAGGAAGUCGAGCGACCGAGAGAUCUCCGUCGUUCUUCCUCGUCCUGUCCGCGAGCAAAGUCCUGCCGAGGAUGCUGCAUCGGAAGGAUCGGACCGACCGGCUGCAGCUUCAGCGAGGGAGGGGAAGCUGAGCAGGGAGAACAGCCAAGGGGAGGAGCAGGACGAGUCACACGAAUCGUCAAGGAACGGACAGGACUGGAGAGAGGAGGAGAGGAACAACCGAAUGAUUUCGCAGUUCUCCAAGGAGGUGGAAGUAGUUGCCUUCGUCAACUCCGGCAAGCAGCUGGGAUUGGUGUUCGAUCAGCUUGCCCAGGGCUCGAAGUCAAAGAAGAUUACCAUCAAGGCCUUCGAUUCGGAGGGAACAGCUUCUCGAGCCUCCUGCAUUCACGUCGGCGAUGAGCUCAUGGCGGUCGACGGAGCUAACAUCCAGCAGGAAGACCUGGAAGUUGUUUGCUCAAAGAUCUUACAGCCGACAAGCAAGCAUGUCGAACUUGUUCUGGCUCGUCCUGUCCGUCAGAAUCUCCUCUAUCGCUACGCUGUGCUCCUCCCUCGUCCCAGUCAAACAGCAGACAUGCCGUGCUCCUGCGCUUUCUGCGAGCAGUUCCGUGGGGACUUGAAUGUGCCUGAGGACACAAAGAACAAGCAGGUCGACUUGGAGCCGGCCGCAAAGUCCAAGGAGGACAAGGAGCAGAAGCGGCAAGAGCCUUCGGUAAGUUCUGAACUUGUCCUGGGGUGUGAGGUGAGGAAGCGACAGAUCGGAGACUUGAUGCUCGGGGGACUUAUCUCCCUCUUCUCCCCGAGCAAACCCUCGAGAGCGUCCCAUGCCAGCAGCUCGGCAGAGGCUGAGAAGAAGUUGGAGAGCUCCUCCCAACUCUCGCCCAGGAGAAUCGCGGCCUUGGAAGCCGCAGAGAAACUUCCCCAGCUGCUGGCCAGGAAGGAUGUUUGUCUCGGCUGUUUGUUCUUCUCUGAUGACACUGACACCUACUUGUUCGACUCAAGGUGGAGGACAGUCAUCGAUGAAGACGACAAGUCCGAUUCUCAGUGGCUUUUCGAGUCAGAGGACUCGUGA